CCUAUUGCAAAAGGUGCCUCUCCGCCUCCCCCCCCCCAACAACCCGCCUUUCCCUUCCCUUAUUGCUGCUGCCGCCGCCGCCGCCAAUGUUGGUGGUGCUGCCGCCGCCGCUGCUGGUGGUGCGGAGAAGGAGGUGGACGUGCUAGGCCGGAGCGCCCUGCCCACUGCCGUCGUCCCUGUGUCCCCUUCCUCCUGCCGGGGGCCUUGCGCUGAGCUGGGGCCCGGCGGGGAGGGGGCAUGGCUGCUUCGCCUGGGGCCCGGCAGGCCGCCUGGGGGGCAGGCACGGGCAAUCGGGGAAGGGGGACCCGGUGGUGAGGGGACUCCUCUUCCUGCCUGCCUGCCUGUGCGUGGGGAAUCGCAGCUAAAGAAUUCCUGACCAAUGGCCAUUCAACCUCUGCUUUAAAAUCUGCAUUGAAUGAGAGCCCACCACUUUCCAAGGUAGUCUGUGCUGCUGCUGCCUUACUGGUAGGUAAGAAGAGGCAGGAAAAGAGGGGUAUGCUUUGGUGCCUGUGUGAUGUAACGGCCGUGACAGACCUAGAAUGUGGGCUUGAUCUAAAGCAGGCAUCCCCAAACUUCGGCCUGCCAGAUGUUUUCGACUACAAUUCCCAUCAUCCCUGACCACUGGUCCUGUUAGCUAGGGAUCAUGGGAGUUGUAGGCCAAAACAUCUGGAGGGCCGCAGUUUUGGGAUGCCUGAUCUAAAGCAUUUCCCCCCCAAACUUGUGACUCUGGCUGUUUUUGGACUACAACUCCCAUCAUCCCUAGCUAGCAGGACCAGUGCCCAGGGAUGAUGGGAAUUGUAGUCCACAAAACAGAGUUGAGAAACUGAUCUAAAAUGACAACUCUUGUAGUUUGGACAAGCUGGCCCACAAAGUACCGUUGUCUUGACUGUCUUCAGAAACAAUUUCAGAUGGGCUGAAUCUUCACCAGGUGCAUGAAAAAAUGUGUGUGUGUUGGAAUGUGCCCCCACCACCACUAACUCAGUUGUUUUGCCAGGUAUGAUUUCAAGUGGAUCUCACUCCCAGAGCCUGUUUCCAGAAUAUGGGAGGGAGAUCGUGAAUGACAGUGUUUGUAGUAUGGAAAACAAGAUUAGUAGGAAUUUGCUGGGGGUGUUUCACAGAAAUUGGUAAAAUCUAAUUAAUGAAGAGUAUAUUCCUUGAGAGUUGCUUGAUCACGCUGUACUAGGUAGGUAAUGACCGUUGAACCAUUAAACAAUACAAUAAAGAAACAACAAUAAAAUUUCUUAAUUAUCCAUCACUUUCCUUUACAUUGUAAUGGGUCUUCCUCAUGUCCCCCCUAUCUGUGCUUCACUAAAAAUUAUCCUUAGCAAUUUCUAUUUCAUAAUUUCAAAUAUAUUCUAAUCUAAUUCAUAUCAUAUAUCUUUUUUACAUGUUUAUAACCGUUAUACCUAAACAACAACACCAGAUUCACCCACAUCUAAAGAUUGGCAGAAAUCAGUCUUGGCAGGGCUCCUGAGGAACUGAAUUCUAGCAUCUGCAGGGCCACAACUAAAAAGGCCCUGUCUCUAGUGCCUACCAAUGACACCUUCACCAAUGAACAGGACAAAGGCCAAUAGUUUUUCUUUGUUUUUAAGCCAAGAGAGAAGGCUGUUUUUCCUGUGACCUAGUGUUAAGAUACUUCCAUAUCUUAACCUUCCCUAUGACUUUCCAGUUUCUCUGCUCUUUGAUCAACAUGUAUAGUAGCUUUGGAUACCUCUCUUAGUUCCACCCACUAUCCAGUCGCCUGACAAAUUCAGUUUUAGUGCAUUUAAAGUACAAUGCAAAUAAAUAUUUCAAAUGAAGCAUUUUGAAGAAGUGUUCAGUAAUUUACUGUAUCCUGCACAUUCAGGUUGCAGGCUGGAUUUUUCUUUUUGUUUUAUUAAGUGCUUCCAUGGAUGGUCAUUACCACACUAGAAGCCAGCAGGGUGAAUGUUGCUCACUAUCAUAGCAUUGCAGAGUUGGAAGGGACCCCGAAGGUCAUCUUGCAACGCAGGGAUUGUCCCCACAGCUGUCCCUGGGUGGGCUCAAACCACCAGCCUUCUGGUUAACAGCCGGAUGCACUGACCAGUUGGGCCAUAGAGACCAGGAACUGAAACAUUUUACAUAAUAUGCUUCAACUUAAGUUGCUGGGAACAGUCUCUAUUUUCUGUUCAAAAAACUUUUUUAUUCAUUUUAUAACAACACAAACAUAAACAGAAGUAUUAAGCACAAAAGGGUGCCUCUGAGCAGACCUAGAGUGCAUUGCUCUCACUGGGUGUUUUUUAAGUGCACAUUUAGCUUAUUACUAUUAUUUUAUAAAAUAUAUAUAACUAAGGGCAAAUAAUAUACCAAGGAAAAUAACAGAAAGCACUCAUAUUGUACACAACACAAAUUCCAGCAGGAAGAAAGAAAAACCAUUGCCCUUGCUGUUGAGUAAUUGCAGCCUGCCCACCACAUGUAUCAGGGAUUAGGACAUCCAGGUGAGAGAGAAUUUUGUUCUGCGGUGGGGAUUUGUGCCUGAGCCCUUCUCUACCACCAAAAUGCUUCUGGGUGUGUGUCAUGCUCCCAAAUUAUACCCUGCUUAAGGGAGUGGGGAAGAACAACAGUUUCCUAAUGUAACAGUCAUUUUGUUUAAUCAUGCGGUGGAGACACAACUUUUCAGGAUCAGAAAUGGUCAUGGGUUCUAUGUCUUAUAGCAACCUUUUUCGACCAUGGCCCACUUGCGACCUCGUUUCCUUCCUGUACCCACCCCAUGGGCGUAGCCAGGGGAGCAGGGAGGCAGCUACCCCCCAAGAAGUAAAAAUCAAUCCAAAUAUGAGGUUCUGCCCCACCCCCAAAGUCCUGGCUACACCCAUGGCCCCCCAGCCUACUGGUAGAAAGGUAGCUAUUUAAAUGUUUUGUUUGUAAAUAGAACAGGUUUUGUAAUUUAUACAGAAUACAAUUUUAUAAUUUAUACAGAAUACAAUUACAGUGGUACCUCUGGUUGCAAACGGACUCCAUUCCGGAGGCCCGUUCGCAACAUGAAAAGGCCGCAUCCUGAAGCGCCAUGUCUGUGCACGCACGUGACGCAAUUCGGUGUUUCUGCGCAUGCACAAAGCACGAUUUAGUACCCUGCGCAUGCACACGCGCCGAACCUGAAAUAACCUGUUCCGGGACUUCCAGGUUCAGCGCGUCCGUAACCUGAAAAGACGUAACCCACAGCGGACGUAACAUGAGGGGGAUCCCUUCCCAUUUCAGCCUGGCCUCUGCUAUGUUGCGUUCUCCGCAUCUUCUCCAAUAGCUUUUGCAAAUGAAAAUGGAGGAAAUGACUUUGUCGGGCCUGGAUAACAGCAAGUUGGAGGCUGUGGCUCAUGAUAUCUAUACAGACUUGAUUGAGGAUGCCUGCCUGGGCUUGUGCUUUGAGGUCCACCGGGCUGUCAAAUGUGGCUAUUUCUUUUUGGAUGACACAGAUCCUGAGAGUAUGAAGGACUUUGAAAUUGUAGAUCAGCCGGGACUGGAUAUCUUUGGCCAGGUCUACAACCAGUGGAAGAACAAGGAAUGUGUUUGCCCAAACUGCAGCCGAAGCAUUGCCGCCUCCCGCUUCGCCCCACACUUGGAGAAGUGCCUCGGCAUGGGCCGGAACAGCAGCCGCAUUGCCAAUAGGAGGAUAGCAAGCAGUAACAACAUGAACAAAUCCGAGAGUGACCAAGAAGACAACGACGAUAUAAAUGAUAAUGACUGGUCAUAUGGAUCUGAGAAGAAAGCAAAAAAGAGAAAAUCAGAUAAGAAUCCCAACUCGCCCCGACGAUCCAAGUCCCUGAAACAUAAAAAUGGGGAACUGAGUGGUAACUCGGACCCAUUUAAGUAUAACAACUCUGCUGGAAUCAACUAUGAAACACUGGGCCCUGAGGAGCUCCGUACUUUGCUCACUACGCAAUGUGGGGUGAUAUCUGAGCACACCAAGAAGAUGUGUACACGGUCUUUGCGCUGCCCCCAACACACGGAUGAACAGCGGAGGUCAGUCAGAGUCUACCUCCUGGGACCCUCUGCCUCACUUCCCGAGACGGAAGGAAGCGUGGAGAACGACAGUUUUGACGUGGCGGAAAGUCAAGCCCUCAUGAAUAGACUGCAGUGGGACGGAUCUUCAGAUAUCUCUCCUUCUGACUCGGCCUCAUCGAAAGCAAGUACAAACAACUCAGAGUCCCGGAAAACCAAAAAGAAGAAACCGCACAUGAGCCUGGUAGGAGGUGCUCCAGGAAUGAGCUCCAGCAAGAAGAAACUGAAGCCGAAGCAGCUUGCACCUCCCACCCCCAGCCUUUAUGACGACAUCAAUUGAAUAAUGCUGGGAUGAGGAUAAAGAAAACAGGGAGGAGGGGAGGUGCCCCGGAACAGGACUGUCUCCUCUCAGGCACACCUUUUUAUGAACUGUGAAGAGAGUUGGCUGCAUGUCUCCCUUUUCCUCCCAAGCCUCCAGCACACAUUGCACAGCCCUUUGUGUCCACUGGAUGUGAGAACGAAAGGACCGGACUGCUUUUGGUGCAGUGGGCACCCACCUCUUCCGGGGAAAAGCGGGUGGUGGUGUUUAGAGGCGGGGCCUUGAAGAUGAGUGACUCCGUUAGCCAGGGAGUCGCUGUUCUCCUUCCUCCCCCACCCCACCGUCCCGUUUCAACACGACUAUUUAUUGUGAUGUUAGUGGAUGUUCAAUCAUGACUAUAUAUACGGUGGCAUUGUAUCGCUUAGCAACCCUGCAGACUGACUGGGCGGCGUGGUGUGUGUCGGCCUGCAGCCUUUUCGGCCUGGUUUGCAAGAGAAUUAAAGGGUCUCUGGGGGGAAAUGGAGAAUGUCUGUUGUGCUUCAGUGCCUGCCCUUCCUUCUCGAGAGCCUCUGCUCCAAAACGGAGCCUCCUUUCCGUCGUGCGAAGGGGGCACCAGAUCGUGAAUCUGCCUGUGAGCUGCUGCGGCACCGCUCCGUUGUUCAAAAGGCUGUCUCCAUGGCUGCUGGGUCCCUCUUGCCCUCCCAAGCAGGAAUAAUGCUCUCGCUGCAGAGAGCAGUCCUCAGACGUCUGCACAACCUGAGCAAACUGGGAUGGAGGCGGAAGAGAGGUUUGGUCUUGUGUUGCUGCUGUCACUACUGCCAAACGGUGUCUGCUUCCCUGCCAAAUGGCAUUUUCAAGACUGUGUAUGAAGCAACAUGAUGAAUGGCUUUGAUGGUGUGGGCAGUCUCUCCCAGCGAUGCAUGUCAGGAAGCUGGUGCAGCUCUUUGCUUCCUAACUCCUCCUAUACUGGGCACAAAUCUACAUUUUGCCCAACUCUGGUGAGCCAAUACCAUAAGAUUUGCAAUGCUUUAUACAUGCUCCGUGUGCAGGUAUGAAUCUCCGUACAGCCCUAAAAACUGGCUGUAAAUUAGAAUAGUUGGUUGUUGCUUUUUUAAUUUUUUUUAAAAAUGGCUCUGCUGUUUAACAUCCCCCAGAUGUUAAUGAAGGUCAAGCACAGGAGGGGUAAGCUAAGCACUGCCUUCCCUCCUGUGGCCCCUGUGUGUCGAAUCUAAACAAAACCUUGCUGGAGUAUUAGAGCCAAUCUAAGUUUGCCUGGGUGGGGCAGCAGAAGAGAUGGGAGGAAGGAUGUGUACACUUAAGUGAGUACUUCCACCGCUCUCUUCCCAUCUAUAUAAACCUCCCUUCCACCACAAUCCAGGCCUGAAUUCUAUUCCUUCUGUAAGCAGGUGCAGUUUUUAAAACGCCAGAAAUCAUGGUGGUCCUAGAUGGAAACCUGAAAUUGCAAAGUUGAUUCUGGAAGGUGGAGGGUUGCUGGUUUUCAUUGUGUCUCUGUGCUUCUCUCUUCCAGAAUUUUGACAAGAUUUAGAAAAGGGCAUGUGCUGUCCAAUAAGCUUUGUGCAAGCCCACGCCCGCCACCCCCAGCUUCUAAACAUACUUAAAGGGAAUUUCUCGCGUAUUCUUCUUCCCUUUCCUCUAUUCCAGAGGAUGCAAUGUGUGUGUUGGGGGGGGGGGAGAGACUAAGAUUUUCCUCCCAUAAAUCUGUUCUGUUGCAGCUACACACAUGCCUGCUUCAGCACAGCUAUGUCUGCUGGUGGUGGUGGUUUUUCAGGACUGAGCCUGUAGAACCUUUUCCUCCAUUCUCAUAGCAGCUGAAAAAGCCAGUUGGUUUGCAGACGAAAGUCUGCCUUUGCCACGGCUAAAAUUCAUGGGCUCAGUUCUGUAAGGAGAGGCUUCUCUGAGCAAUCACUUCCUACAGUCCCGAAACAGAAAACUUUUCACUACAUGUUCAGGUGUUUGUAUGGAGGGUCUCCGAAGACCCUUAUGUCUUCCUGCUUCCUCCUUAGUUUCUCACACUUUUCCUGCCUGUGAGGGCCCAGAUUGUGUCACUGAACAGGAGUGUGCAACUGAUGAUGUUCAGCAUGUCUGGAAGUAGAGGUAGCCUACCCAGCAAGCUAACACUAUUACUGGUUUUCUCUCUCUUUCCCCACCCCCCUGCUUCUCUUCACUUUGCUUCCCUAGGCAAAAGGUACAAGGUAUGCAGGGACUGUUCAGAGGAUGAGGCAAGCUUUCGCCCCAAGAACUCCAUGUUAUUUAAAGUUAAAUAGCAUGACUUGGAGCUCUACCAGCUGAAUUGUAGUUCUUUUGUCUUGAAGAUGGACCCUGCACUACACUCUUAUGAAACUAACCUUUUAAAAAAAAGGUCACCUGUUUUCUUCUAUGGCAAUCUGCACUCCCCCAUCGUUAGAAACCAAUGCUUCAUGUUGUGCUUUAGCAAAUGUUUUUGAAAACAUGACUUGACGGCCUGUGCUAUGCAGGCAAUGAUCAGACUUGCACCUGCUUCUGACUUAACUAGUUGAACCGAAUCAUAUCUUUCCAGGGAGAAAUAGUAAGGAAGAAGAAGAGGUAGACUUUUAUUCAAACCAGGAUCAGUUGCCUUCUCUAUGUCUGACAACCAGUUGCUACCCCAUUAAAAUUAUGUACCUGUAAAACUGAAGCGGCGCAAAAGUGGCCAGACUGAGGGAAAAGGAAGACCCCUGCUCAGCCUCCAUGGUUGCAACUGAACCCUUUGGGAUAGUGUUGCAGAUAACCUGGGAAGUGUAGCAUCUGGGGAAUUUUGAACAUUAAUUGAGGGAGGGGUGGGGUGGGUGAAGACCUAGGUCUUUUUAUAUAUGGCUCUGUAUCUGCACUUGCACCCUUUAAUUUUUUUUAAGGUAGGCCUGUUUCACUUGAAGAAGAAAAAACAAACCCGUGUAUUCUAUCAUGAGUGGACUGUUGAGAGGUUUUUAAUUUGUUGAUGAUGAUGUACAAACUGCACCUAUGUGAUAUCUUUGAACAUGUGCAGAAAUAAUUGGAGUAAGUACUGUACUGUGGUCUAUGAAUUACUAUUUUUUAAAACUUGUUUUGUGUAUGUAAUCUCAGCUUGUACAGGUAGGUAGCUAGAUUUUUUUAAAAAACAAAACAACCCUGUCAAAUCUGUAUUUUUUUUUCUGCCCAUCCAUGGAUUGCGGAAUGCCUGUGUAAAUAAACUGCAACUCUGCUUGGUA